AUGAAUGAUUUCGCCGAAAACAGGAAUAUUUCUAUUCCGUCUUACUUCUACAUCAGUGGUUUUUCUGGUAUACCUCACAUGAGAUACUAUUACAUAUUCUUGUCUUUUGUUUACAUUAUUUCUUUCCUUGGAAACUCCUGUCUCAUGUUUGUCAUUAUCAUAGACCGUAAUCUUCACACUGCUAAAUAUAUUGCUGUCUUUAAUUUAUCACUGUCAGACAUUUGCGAGAGUACAGCUGUAAUCCCUCAGCUACUGGACACUUUUCUGUUUAGAAAUCAGUUGAUCCCGUAUAGAUUGUGUUUGUAUAAUAUGUUUUCUGUCUUUGUAUCUAUUUCAACACAGUCACUAACUCUUGCUGUUCUGUCUUUUGACAGAUUAGUAGCUAUUUGCUUACCACUGAGAUAUCAUAUGAUCGUGACCUUUAGAUCGAUGCUUGUAAUAAUUGGACUGACAUGGGCACUGACAUUGCUUAUGGUAAUGACUGCAACUAUUUUUAUAAGCAGACUUUCUUUCUGCAAAGUAAUUGUCACUGUGAACAGUUUCUACUGUGAUCAUGGGCCGAUAUAUCGCUCUGCCUGUAGCAAUAAUUUUCCAAGCUCUGUCAUAGGCAGUUUGUACCCAAUAGUGAUUCUUGGGUUGCCAGUGUUUUUCAUCAUCUUUUCAUAUACUUGCAUAGCUGUGACACUGUUCAGAGUCACAACUCCACAAGACCGUCAGAGAGCCACAAAGACAUGCACUGCUCAUUUAAUAUUAGUGGCUGUAUUUUACCUUCCCAUCACUAUUACAUAUUCUCUGGCAUCCAUUAUAAACACCAACACAAGGAUCAUUAAUCUCUCUCUGACCUCUGCCCUGCCUCCAAUGCUUAACCCUAUCAUCUACACGUUCAAAACAGAGGAGUUCAUGGUGUCUGUGAAAAAGCUUCUGAAACGGAAAAUCAUAUUCCCAUAUCUAAAAUAA